CCUGUCUGUCUCCUGUCUCUCAGACCAUUUUCAGUCAAACUUUCAGAGGAACCUGAAGAAUAUUCAGAGAGUUUGAGGAGAGCUAAAUAAUGAUGUCUGAUUCCAGGGUGUCGUCUGUCAUCCAGGAGUGGGCAACCUCAUACCCGGGUCAGGCCCACACCCAGACCCUGAACCCUACCACAUCGACCAAUCAGAUGUCUCAGAUGGACAUGAUAUUGUACAGCCAGUCUCAGGGAAUGAUGAGAGGGGGCAGUGACGACAGAGUGGCUGAGCAGAUGAUGGGUCUGCCUUACCUGCCGUACACGUCUUCCUGUCUCAGCAACACCUCCAGUGCUGGGAGCACAAACCACCAUCAGAGCCACGCCAACACUCAGCAGGACUUCUCCUCCUUCCUCCUGCCAACUCUGCGUGCCCCGGUAAACAAGAGGAGCAUCAGCAAGGACAGUGAUGAGUACCGCCAGCGACGUGAGAGGAACAACAUCGCUGUGAGGAAGAGCCGAGACAAGGCCCGCAGGAGGAUCCUGCUGACCCAGCAGAGGGCCAUGCAGCUGCAGGAGGAAAACCAGAAGCUGCAGAUGAGGAUAGGGCAGCUGACACAGGAGUUAGACACUCUCAAACACAUCCUGUCACAGCGGCACCUGCAGGGAGCUGAGGAGGGAGCACCUGGGGAGUCCAGUAUCUAGAACCACGUUUGUGUCUCAUUUUGGGCAUCAGAUUCAUUAUCAGCGUCUAGGCGGGCCUUAAAUACGCAAAGUCAAAUGCCUCCUUGUUGAUUCAAAAAUUGGCUAAAAAGGUUACCAUUUGUGAAAAAAGUCACAUUUAGAACAUUUGCAAAUGAAGUGUUAGGGGGUUUCUUUUAUAGUUUCACACUGUAAAAUUGUGAAGGGGGAAAGUAUAAAACACUGGCAGGGCUGUAGCUACCUUUGAGGACACUGAGGUCAUAUCCUCUUGGUUUCUCCUAAAAAGCAGCUUCUCACCUCUGGCAGACAUCUUGGGACUUUAGCCGGCUGAAAUAACAACUGUCUCUACCACUUUUUAUCAGCUGUAACUAGUUGGUGCAAGCUAAUGUUACUACUAACCCCUGUCUACAGCAGAUUUUUUGACCUAACCUUUGACCCCACUGAAGAAUGUAAUUAACCCCAUGUCUUUGAAGAUAGUGCAAAGUUUCUACUGUUGGUAGUGAGCUAGUCAGCUAGCCAUGCUAAUGUUUGCAGCUGUAUCACUACAGCCCCAUAUGCACAUCUUCAGCAUGUAGUGACAUCCAAAGCUUGACAGGUUGCUAUAACAGCUGUGAAGCUGUAUUGAACAAUCACUGUUGGGGGGCUGAGGAUAGUUAAUUUCAAAUUUGAGACUUAAUUUUUGGUAGGCCUAUGUGGUCAGACUUUUCUGGGUGAGGGGGGACUUACUUAUGGCUUCAGUAUUUCUAAAGUUGUGGCUACGGCUCUGCUCACUGGACCUUUGAAUAAAUGUACGUAACACCUGAAAAAGAGAUCUUGAAAACUCAAUAUAAAGUCAGAAGAUGUGUAGUGGGUUUGAAUGUAGAUGCUCUGAAGUCAUUGUAUAGUCUAAACUGUGAGUGAAUAGACUGAAGCGCACACAGAAACCUUAAGCAAGCCUGUGCGUAAUAAGAUUUGCACUCAGCUUUGUGAGACGGAAAAGGAUUUUAAGGAGACCUUGUUGUAUCGUAGAUUUAAAGAUCCUUAACACUGCACAAAUGGAUGCAGAAACAAAAAGUCCCAAAGGUUUAAGUCUGUAUAUGCUUAAAUUUAACCAAUUCUAAAUUAACUUUUCUGAAAAUUUCUGAAGACAGCAUCUUCACGUGCAUGUGUAAUUCUCCUAAACCCUUCAAAAGUAAGACCACUGUGCAUUAGACAGAUUUGAUUUGAUUUUACAAACAUUGCUUAAUCAUCUACCUGACAGUUCUUGUCAUUGUCAGAGAUGAUUGUAAGUGUUGUUGCCCAACAACGUUACACAAGCUCGUGUGGUUUUUGCAGGGGAUUCAAUGAAAUCUAAGUGUCUCUCUCUGUGUAUUACUCUUUUGUCACUAAGUGAGUGUGGGAUUACUUGAAAUAAUGUUGAUGCAGUUUUAAAUUAUACGCAUUCUUGUUAUGUUUGUUUUAUGAUAGCAAUGCACUGUUAAAGCAAUCCUUUGUCAAAUAAUUUCUUGAAAUAAACAAAUAAUUGCUUGAGCUUGAAUGAAA